GGCUCUUCUUCCAACGUCUCCAACAACGAUGGUGUGGCUUCUGAUUCUGAAGAUGAUGGGAAAGAGUUUAGCCUGAUGCAGCUCGACUUAAGCGAAAGUGACAUGGCUCUCGCUACAGAAUUGAGUGAGUUCAUGACCACCAGUUUGCAAGAAUCAUGGAAGAAAAUGAUCCCCGCCUCAGAUGACACCCAAAUGCCAACAAAGAUUUCGGAACAAUUCAAUCCCAAUGAAUCCUACUGGCAAUUGAUGUUUUGCAGGACAGCAUGCAAGUUAGCACAGGAGGGUGUCGAAGCUGAUGACAACGCAAUGUCUACAGGUGAUAAUGGAGAUGCCAUGGAGCAAGCAUCAGAUGAAGAUUCAGACGACAAAGAUUCUGAAGAUGAAGACUUACAGGGUCCAUUGCCAUCCAGUGAAGGCGAUGAGGACUGGGAAGAUGCAGAAGUGGACGAUGUGCAGGAAGUAGCCGAAGAUGGCCUACCUCUCCAACAAUCUCUUGAUGAUGAAGAGAAUAAGCUAUAUCAAUCCCUAUCCCAUCUUGCUGCAGACGAAUAUGCUUGGUCAGAGGUCACUGAGAACACUGCGACUGAGGAAGAUGUGCCCCCAUCGCAUCUAAUCAGAAUAACUCCAGAGAAAUUGAAGCAAUACCAGCGAGAGCUGGAAUGGCUUGAUGAUCAAAGUUACCAACCAAAGGACUGGCAGAAGGCUGUUAAAUCGCUUUGUGUCACAACCCCUCGUCCGGACCCUGACAGUAUCAUUCGUACAAGGCACAGAUAUAUGAAACAGAAUACACGAUUGGAACCUUGGCAGGUCCUAGGGGUUGCUCGAUUAUUGGAAAUGCGUGAGGCGAAGCGGAAGUCUGGUAGGCCUAUGCAACGGGGGGCGUUCCUCGCUGACGUUAUGGGCCUUGGAAAAACUUAUGAGGCCAUCGCAUACAUGCUAGAGAUUUCAAAGCGUCAGAAGGACAUACAUAACGCAUGGAAAGAAGUACACGAAAACGACAGCAAUGCAGCUGGCCCUUCUCCAGCACACAAGCCUUUCCUACUUGUUGUCCCAUCAGCUAUCCUCCCUCAAUGGUGUAAAGAGAUCCAGGCCAUCACUACCCAGUUGAAAAUCAAGAUCUUGUUUGGGGAUAAGCGGUCGAACCGGCUAUCCACUUGGAAGGACGCUGAAGUAGUGACCGAAAAACUAACAAAGUCACAUGAGCUUUUUGAUGGAUCUCUGGAGCGGGCAAGCACAGUGGUGGUCACCACAUGUGAAACAUUCAGAAAUCGUCAUGGGCCCCCAGCGGCGAAUUCUUGGGUUACAAAGGAGCGGAAAAGACUGGGGGAUCCGAAGGCUUUUUCAAAUCGUCCUAAGGACGUUAAACCUCAAGGUUGGCCUGGCGACCUUGCUGGACUAUUUUCUGAUGCCAUUCUUGAUGAAGGUCACUAUAUCAGGAAUAAGGACAGCGGAAUUUCUACUGCUAUUCGAUGGAGCGACGCUGAUUUCUACCUUAUCAUGUCAGCGACUAUUUUAUUCAACAGCAUUCAUGAUUUUACGGGGUAUGUCGAUUUGGUACUACCAAAGGAAAGUGACGAUGAAUGGCAUAAUGAUAAUCUUGAAGACCUCGAUGUCACUGCCAGUUGCGAUCCAUUCUCUCUCGCUGAUGAUCAUCCUGCGACCAGUUUGGUAUUGACUCAUCGCGUGGUCCAAAAGAAGAUCUUGACAAACAAGGUGACUGUCACUGUUGCCUCUGUUUACACGAAAAAAUUGCUCUCGAAGUUGAUGGUUCGUCGGACAUUGUCUUCCAUCAUAGAAAUCAACGACAAAAGGGUUGUUAUUGGGGCUCGCAUCCCUCCUUCUCAUACCGUGAUGGUGAAUGUUAAUUUUUCGGAAAAGGAGAAGCUCAUUUACGACAAACUUGUUAUCCCCCAUUACCGAAAAUUGAUCUUUGAAAUCGAAGAUAACAAGUUUGCCAUAAAUAUGGCAAAGCUGCGAAUGCUAACUCUGCUUACCUCCUACGUCGGCUUUGAGUAUUGCGAGAAAUUGCUCACAUCGAAAAAUAUGCUUGACGUUUUGAAACUGUUCAAGCUCAAAACUAUGGCCCAGAGUCUGGCGGAGACCAUUGGCGACUAA